CGGUUGUCGUUCAGUCCUUUUUGUUUUUUUUGUUUCUUGAUUCCUCCCGCACGCUCCCACUAUGGCUGAGGACUUUACCACAGUGUUCCUUCGCGAACUCCAGGCCAACCCAGCUGCGGUGCUCGGUGCGAUCGUCUUGCCAGCUGCUGGCGGCGUUUACGGAUCGCGCAUCACCCGCGCCAACCUCAAGACAUGGUAUGCCAAACUCAACAAGCCUUGGUUCAACCCGCCAAACUACCUGUUUCCACCCGUCUGGAUGAUUCUCUACACGCUUUCUGGGUUUGCCUCGUACUUGAUAUGGAAGGAGGAUCAUAUCUGGCCGCUUGUGCCCUAUGCAAUUUCAAUCAUCACCAACAACCUCUGGACGCCAUUAUUCUUUGGUUUCCACUUGCUCAAUCUCGCCCUGCUCGAUCUGCUCGUUUUGUGGGUGUCGUUGGCGUCCUGCAUUGCGCUCUUCCAUCCCAUCAACGAGCUUGCCGCCAUGCUGCUUUUGCCCUACAUUGCCUGGGUCUCGUUCGCCGGCGUGCUGAAUUUCAGCAUUCUCUUGAAAAAUCCCAGCACAAAGCCUUCGUCCGCAGCAGCAGCAGCAACCACCAGCGAUGCCGGUGCUUCCCAAAAGAAGCAGCAAUAGCUUUGGUUUCCUUCCCCUUUUUGUGUGUUGUAUGUGUGUAUGUCUGAUUUCGUGUUUUCUCAAGCUGUUCGUGGGUGCGUUUGAGCUGUUUCGCCUUCAAUCGAACUCAUUCUUCAUUCUUCA